ACACACACACACACACACACACACACACACACACUCUCACGGUUGCCUUCACCCUCUGUCCCUCUUUUUUUCCUAGGCCUUCUGUCUGUCUUCUCACUUUUCUUUCCCCAUUUCUUUUUGCAUUCUUUCUUUAUCUUCAGUAUGGCAUCUUGUCAGAAUUCAGGUUUUGACCAGUUAUGUCAGGAAGCUGCAAAUAUUACAAAGGAGCUUGAACUCAAAGCUGCCAGUGCUGCACUUGAAGCAGCUACCAGGGAGGCUGAACAAAUUCUGCAAACGUUUAAUCUUCCACCACUAAAUAAAAGGAAGACCAAACGUGCCUGCAGCAGCCUCCUCAAACCAGUCUCUUUUGUGGAGAGGGAUGAGUUUGGGCAUCUUGUGCCUAAACGGAGAAGGCCAAAAUGUACAAAGGCAAACAUUUCUGAUGGUACAGUGGUCAACAAUCCAGCAGCUACAUCGUCAUUAUCUUUGGAGUCUAGGCAAGGAGACAUUGAUCAUGAUGAAAUUCCAUCACUUUCUUUUCGCACUGUUUGUCCGGCAGUUGAAGACAUAGAAACUCUUCAUCAAGAGGUAGAGGAUCUGUUAGCUGAUACUGAAGACAUUCAGUGCUCAAAUCCGACUUCCUCAAACGCAUGGUCAGUUCGCAUGGCCCAGACUAAAAAGAAGUGGGCAGCUUUGAGGCCAGAGAUGGUGGAGUGUUUAUUAACAGCUGAGUAUACGGAGAUCAGGCAGUGCCAGCACUGCCGACUGAAGCAGUCUGUUAUCCGCUGUAAAGACUGCAUUCCUAAACAGCUGUACUGUGUAGAAUGUGAUAUUUUGGCCCAUGAAAGGAAACUUCACAACCGAGAGACAGAUGUAGAAGGUUUCUUUCGGCCCAUAUCCCCAACAACUUUGGUUAAAGUGGAUAUUGACGGCAAGUUCCAAUUUGAGGAAAAAGAUUGCCUUUUGCCUCUUGAGGCACCUGAACAAAUUUGCAACUGUGCCACAGAUUCCACUGUGGUGUCAGAAGGUAAAAGGGCAAUCCUCAUAGGAAUUGAUGGUCGCUACAAUGUCCGCUUGCCACACUUCAUGUGCCAAAAAUGUCAUAUGAGCAGAGCAACCAGCAUCCCACUGUUGAUCAAGUCUGGUUACUGGCCUGCCACAGCAAGCUGUGAAACAAUAUAUAAAAUAGAUGUGUUUGUUUCCUAUGACCACAUGAAGCUGGCUGCUCCUGGAAUGUCUAGACAGUCCUUCACCGGUUUACUGGAACAGAGGACAGAGUUCUUCGGCAGAGAAGGAAAAAUAUGUGCAGAUGCUUUUCAAAGAAGUUUUUUCGAAUGGAGAUACUGCCAGUUUGAAAUUGAUCAGCUCUGUGGACUGAAAGUGUUUGACUGUCCAGCCUGUUCUCCAUUUAUGCUCGCUGUGUCCGUAGAUGGUAACAGGAAAUUGUAUCGCUUCAAAAGAGGGCAUGAAGAUCAUGGCCUGUUCGAGGGUGUCUUUGUCUGUAAAGAUGAAGAUGUUUCCAAGUUUGUGGACUACAUUAAUGCUAAGACAAAGCACUCAGCUGGAAAAGGUGUCUGUGGAUCAAGUCAAUGGAGUGCAGCACGGGAGUCUGUCCCAAAGAAAAUCAACAAGCUGGAUGAGGAGGGGAUGGAGGUGGCUGUCUGUCGACAUGGUGUGCUCCUGAGAAGUCUGAACAUGAUGAGGGGGGAAAUAUUUGCGUAUCCCCUGUUUCUCCAAAAAGAGCUGACUGCAAAGAAUGUGCAGUUCAUGUGCACUGAUGUUAUAUGCAAGUACUGGCCAUACCUGCAGAGAAUUGUUAAAGAUUGUCCAGAGCUCUCUCCUCUCCUGGACAUGAAGCCUUUCCUGUCAGUGAUGCAUGCAAAGGCCCACUCUUGGAAAUGUGAGAUUAAAUGGGGUGGUCGAAACCAAGAAGGAGCAGGCACCACCCUGGGGGAAGAGGUCGAACAAGUUAACAGCUUUUUGUCGAGAACUGCUAUAUGCAGUAAAUACAUGACCAAAGGAGCCAGAACAGACAUGAUUACAAUCCAGGCCAUGGCAUGGAAUCAGCGCAAAAUACGGAAACUUGCAAAAGCGCUGUCCCUAAGAUUUAAAAAGACAAAAGCAAAAAUUCAGGAGGAGUCCUUAAAUCUUGAUGCAAUAAAGACAGACUUGGCAGUAACACAUGACACGCUUAUAGAUUGGACCAAUGAAAUCCAGCAAUGGGCUGAUACAGCAACAAGUGAGGAGAACACAGACAGUCAGCAGGUGCUCCAGAAGACUAUUGAGACGCUUUAUGUGAGCAUCAGGCAGAGAAAGCAAGAUCUUUACCGUCAAUCAGAUGGGAACAAGAGAAGACACAAACUCCGAAGAAAGAUUUUGGAAGAAAAAGCCAAAUUUUGUGCAGCUGUAGAUGACUACAACAGGGCAGCAACUGAAAAACUGCAGUCAGCUGAUACAAUACUGGCAUCUGAGAGCUAUGCAUGGCCAUGGGUCCUUGAUGAACGUGAUAAUCUUGCAACCAAAAAAAAGGCCUUUGACCAACUGAUGCUGCUGAACCGGCUUACUGAAGAGGAGUGCAUUGUUCUGAAAGAAAUCCGGAAUCACUGGAAAAGCCUUACAAGGGAGCAUUCUCUUCUAAAUGAUCUUUUAAGUCAUGUUGCUGUUGAGAUAAAAGAGAACAAACAGGACUGUGGAAUUUCUGAAAAUGGAAUUCUUGGACUUCACUCUCUUCUGAAGAAAAGACUGUCUUACCUUAGAAGUCACAUCUCCUCUGUUCGUCAGCUGUACAGUAGUGUUCUUAAUUGUGAGGUGUUUGAAAAAAUGAAAGAUGAUGAUCUCAACAUGGAUGAGGAGGAUAUCCAGUAUGUUUUGGAGUAUGAAGAUGAUGAUGACGAGGAGGAGGAGGAGGAGGAAGAUGAAGCCGAAGUCUCAUUUAAAAUCUAAACACUAGGCCAGGGGUAGGUAACGGCGGUCUUGAAGAGCCACUGUCGUGCAGAGUUUAGCUCCAAUCUUGAAAAAAAACUAACUCAACGGCCUGUAGCCUUAGAAAUGCUGAAGACCUUGAUUAGCUUGUUCAGGUGUGUUUGAUUACAGGACAGUGGCUUUCCAGGACCAGCGUUGUCUACCACUGCACUAGCCAUAAUUCAGUUGCUGACUUUGUAAAUCAUAUCUAUGAAAAACUGAGCAACAUACACUAAAUGACUUUCAUUUCAUUUAAUUUAUAUUUAAUUUUUAAUUUCUUAAUUAAUUUCUUGUUAAUUGAUGAAACACUGACGGGGUGUUGUCAGAUAUGUAAUUCCAAAGUGAACUUCUUAUGUUUGUAUAAUAAAUUUCAUAACUGACAUUGUAAAACAUUAUUGCUCUCAUUAUAUGUAUAGUUACUUAUGUAUAGCUUCUUGUAUAUAUGUAUAGCUUCUUGUAUAUAUGUAUAGCUUCUUGUAUAUAUGUAUAGCUUCUUGAUGUAACAAACAUGUAAUAUGCAUUUAAUGAUUCUCUGGACAAUAUUUUAUCAAAACUUUAUUGAACAUUAUAUUGUCUGUUGCAAAAAUUACAAAAUUGAUCUUACAUUAUUCUUGAACCAUUAUGUAAAUAAAAUAUCCACCUAGGUUCUU